AUGUCUUCGACGCCAAUCAGAUAUAGCGAAUUCCCAAAGGAAUUGCCUACGGACGAUCCAGACGAUGUUCUUUUCAACUCCUUGUACGGGGUGCGGACAAUUGAAUUGAACCGACCGAAAAAGCUCAAUUCUCUCAAUGGAUCAAUGGCAAGGAAAAUCCUUCCCCGGUUAAGGGAGUGGGAAAAGUCACAUCUCGCAAACAUUGUCAUCAUCAGUGGAGCUGGUCCGAAGGCAUUUUGUGCAGGUGGUGAUGUGGCUGAACUUGCGCUACAAAACAAGCAAGGACCAGAGGGACAGAAGAAGUCGGCGGACUACUUCGCCCUCGAAUACAAGCUGGACCAUCUGAUCGCAACGUAUAGCAAGCCAUAUAUUGCCGUCAUGGAUGGCAUAACCAUGGGCGGUGGUGUUGGGCUGUCAGUCCAUGCUCCAUUCCGGAUUGCGACUGAGAAGACCGUUUUCGCUAUGCCUGAGACGACGAUUGGCUUCUUCCCCGAUGUUGGCGGGAGUUUCUUCCUGCCUCGUCUGGACGGAGAAAUUGGCACAUACCUAGCUUUGACUUCUGAACGGCUGCACGGUGUACAAGCAUUCUACGCCGGAGUGGCCACGCACUACAUCGACAGCUCUGUCCUUGCACAAAUGACAUCGCGAUUGUCUGAAUUGGUUUUCAACGACCACGCAACCCUACAGCGACGACUUCAAAUCAUUGACUCCACCAUAUCUGAAUUUGCCAGCACUCUGCCAUCACCCGAUUCCUACGAGUCUGCAAAACACGGCGAUCUCAGCGGGGAUCUGCGCGAGGCUAUCGAUCGAACUUUCAAAUACGACACGGUGGAGGAGAUUUUGAGCGCAUUGCGGAAAGAGUCCGAAUCGGCGGACCAGAAGCUCGCCGAAUGGGCAAACGCGACCCAGAAGACUAUUGCAUUGAGGUCCCCCACCAGUCUCCGUGUCACCUUGCGCCAAUUGAGGGAAGGUAGACAGUGGAACAUCAGCGAGACUUUCGUUCGAGAGCACAAGAUCGCCAGUAAAUUCAUGGCCCACCCGGAUUUCGUCGAAGGCGUCACGGCCCGGUUGAUCAACAAGCCUCCGACCAAGCCUCAAUGGAAGCCUGCAACGUUGGCGGAAGUGUCAGAGACAGACGUGGAUGAGUUUUUUGCGACACCUAGUGAAGAGGAGGCCUUGACUCUGGUCACACCAUACGAGGGUGCACUCGAUCAGCGGUAUACAGAAUAUCCCCAUGGGGUCUUUGCACUGCCCACGGAAUCGGACAUCCAAAAUGUAGUCAGAAGCUAUGGCAGACAAGGCUCGAAGAAAGUGGUUGAGGAAGUGCUCAAGAAAUGGAACCACAAGGCUGGCGUGAAGGAGAAGGUUCAAGAAGUCCUUGCCCGGAAGACGGUAUCGACGGACGGCAAGGCGAUUUCGUGGAAGAGCAAAGGUGCUCACUUGUAG